AACCCGACCCCGAAUUUUAAGGCGGUUAUGAAGAUAAAUUUGACCCCAAAAUCGACCUAAAGCCCAUCCUUUCAUUCUCAGCCAGCCGCUCACGAACGAAGCGAAAGGAGGUAGGGUGCCAAUGUCUACAUACGAUCCUCAAGAAACGGACAUCUUGCAUGCUUUUCAAAAAUGGAAGGGAAAGUGGAAGAAACAGUACCCUUCAACUGAGGAGGAGAAGGCUAGGUUCCAAGACUUCAAAAAUAACGUCCUUCAUCAACCGUUUAUUCCUGCAUCAGACCCCCUUUGGGAUCUUUUGAACGAUCAUGCGGACAAGCCCAGAACGGACAACUUCAAUUACAUCCGUCUUGAUUUCUGCAUGCUUGACGAGUCGUCCGAUGAUGAUUUGCCGAAUGACGUUUUUUUUACAGUUCCAGAGGAGAAGGAGGACGGUACAAUUGGUCCACGGUAUGUGACCCCGGCAGAGUUUCGAUGCCACUGGGAGAAAAAAAAAAUGAUGCUACUGUCAAACACCAAAGUACCGUGCUGCCUGUCAAACGCUCUAGUGAUGACAAAGAUGAUACCAAAGACGAGGAUCAGGAUAACGGUACCGCCAAACGCUGAAAUAUAGGCUGCGGGUGCCAAAAACAAGGGUGUUGCAGUGACUGUGGAAAAUGAGGAACCAUAGGAGCAUAUUCCAAGUAUGUGACUCUGCAUAUACUGUCUUUAUGGCUAAUUAACUUGCUGCUUCUUUUUUCCAUAAUGUGUAGAAGAAUUAGACAUUGUUGAAAGUUAAUGUGGCAGACAUUAUCGUAUCUCCAAAAUGAAUCAUGAUAAUUAAAUACUGUGUUUUCCUUAUUGCCUA